CCUUUCCUUCGUUAUCACAGCCAUCGACGCCUCUUCUUCUUCAUGUAAAACCUUCCUUCCGAUCCCAUCUCUCUGGAUCGUCCAAGUUGCCGCCGGAAGCAGGAAAUUCUCUUGUCUUUCCUCUAAAAGCUCCUCAAUACGCUCCUUUCUCGCCGUCCCCGCCUUUUUGUGACUUAAACAACCGGCGAUGGAGGCAAUACUAGCUCGGGCGCUGGAGUACACCCUCAAGUACUGGCUGAAAUCCUUCUCCAGGGACCAGUUGAAGCUUCAGGGCCGGACUGUCCAGCUUUCCAAUCUAGAUAUCAACGGCGACGCCUUGCACGCUAGUAUGGGACUUCCACCGGCGAUUAAUGUGACCAAGGCAAAAGUCGGGAAAUUCGAAAUUAUUCUACCCUAUGUGAGCAAUGUGCAAACUGAACCAAUUGUCAUGCAAAUCGAUAAGCUUGAUUUGGUUUUCGAGGAGAACCGGGAUUGGGAUAAUUCUAGCAAGACUCAAGAUCCUUCAUCUUCCUCUAGCACCAGCAAAAGUAGUGGCUACGGUUUUGCUGACAAGAUUGCAGAUGGAAUGACAAUCAAGGUUAGCACUGUGAAUAUUCUACUUGAGACACAUGGGGGUGCUCGUCGAGGGGGAGGAGCUGCUUGGGCUCCGCCAAUGGCAUCUAUCACCAUACGUAACCUUGUGCUUUAUACCACUAAUGAAAACUGGGAGGUAGUAAAUCUCAAGGAUGCACGCGACUUCUGCAAUGACAAAACAUUCAUAUAUGUUUUCAAGAAACUGGAAUGGGGAUCUUUAUCUAUCGAUCUCUUGCCUCAUCCAGAUAUGUUCACUGAAGCCAGUAUAGAACACUACCAGGAGAAAAAGAACCAGAGAGAUGAUGAUGGUGCAAAGCGAGUUUUCUUUGGUGGAGAACGAUUCCUUGAAGGGAUAUCAGGCGAGGCUUAUAUCACACUCCAGCGGACUAACCAAAAUUGUCCUCUUGGUCUAGAGGUUCAACUGCAUGUUACAGAAGCUGUCUGCCCUGCACUGAGUGAACCAGGACUUCGUGCCCUCCUCCGCUUCUUCACAGGGUUGUAUGUGUGUCUUAACAGAGGGGAUGUGGAUCUGAAAGCCCAGCAGUCAUCCACUGAAGCAGCAGGAUGUUCUCUUGUAUCUAUUAUGGUGGACCAAAUAUUUCUCUGCAUUAAAGAUUCUGAGUUCCGGCUUGAACUUCUGAUGCAGUCACUCUUAUUUUCACGGGCAACAGUUUCUGAUGGUGAAUUUGCCAAAACCUUGACCAAGGUCAUGAUAGGAGGGCUCUUCUUGAGGUCAUGCAAUAAUGUUCCCCCCUUUGCUGUCGUCAUUGUCAGUUGCACUAUCUUCUUCAUUUUCCAGCACCUAAUACUAUUUGAGUUGGUGGAACGCAGAGAUACAUUUUGCCGACCUCCAUGUACUUUAGUACAACCAUCCAUGCUGGCUACUGCUGAAAAUGUUACGCAGACGCCUGCAUUUGCUAUGAACUUCUGCCCUCCAAUAUAUCCUCUUGAAGAGCAGCAGUGGCAAUUGAGUGCAGGCACUCCUUUGAUUUCCCUACAUUCUCUUCAAGUCCAGCCUUCCCCAGUCCCUCCUUCUUUUGCUUCUCAGACUCAUAUUGUUUGCCAGCCUCUCACUAUUUACCUUCAAGAAGAAUCAUGUUUGAGGAUAUCUUCAUUCCUGGCGGAUGGUAUUGUUGUCAACCCUGGGGAUGUCUUGCCUGAGAUAUCAGUGAACUCCAUGAACUUCACGCUGAAGGAAUUAGAUUUUACAGUUCCCUUACCAAUGAGUGAUUCAAAUACUCCUGAAAAUGAUUGUAGCUCUGGUGGCCAAGGUUCCUUUACUGGAGCAAGGCUUCACAUAGAAAACAUGUUCUUCUCAGAGUCUCCUAUUCUAAAACUUAGGCUCCUGAACCUUGAGAAGGAUCCUGCAUGUUUUUCUCUUUGGCCAGGUCAACCUAUUGAUGCCAGCCAGAAAAAAUGGACUGCUGGUGCCUCGUGCCUUAGUUUAUCUCUUGAAACCACUGCUAGCUUAUCCGAGAUACCAAAACCUGAUGGACCGACUUCAGAACUGUGGAGAUGUGUUGAACUAAGAGAGGGAUCAGUUGAGGUGGCUAUGGUAUCCCCCGAUGGGAGCCCACUGACAAACAUUCCUCCUCCUGGUGGUAUUGUGAGGAUAGGGAUAGCUUGUCAGCAGUAUAUAUCAAACACUUCUGUUGAGCAGUUAUAUUUCGUCCUGGAUCUGUAUACAUACUUCGGAAGAUUUAGUGAAAAGAUUGCCUUGGCUGGCAAAGAAAGUAAAGCAAAGAGAGGUCUGAUUGAAUCGACAAGCCAAAGGCUAAUGGAUAAGGUUCCAGCUGAUAGUGCAGUUAGCUUGAGAGUGAACGAACUUCAACUUAGAUUUUUGGAAUCGUCUUCUAUAAAAGUUCAGGGAAAGCCUCUUGUUCAGUUCAUUGGGGAUGGUCUCUUCACUAAAGUUAUUCAUAGAACCCUUGGCGGUGCUGUUGCUGUUUCGUCAGUUCUACAGUGGCAGAGUGUUGAGAUAGACUGUGUAGAGACUGAAGAUGAGUCAAUGAUGAGCACUGUUGAGAAUGGCCAUUUAAUAAGUGUUAAUGGAUACCCUGAUCUCAGAGCUGUCCUUUGGGUAAAUAAGGAGACCGUGCCGAAAUCCAACGGUAAAUUUUCUGUGGUUCCUUUUCUAGAUGUAAGCAUGGAACAUAUGAUUCCUUUCAGUGAAGAGGACAGAGAGUGCCAUAGUUUAGGAGUAUCAGCCUGCAUUUAUGGUCUCCGUCUUGGUGGAGGAAUGGAUUAUUGUGAGUCCCUGCUGCAUCGGUUUGGGAUACUUGGGCCUGAUGGUGGUCCUGGGGUGGGGCUAUCUAGAGGAUUAAAGAAUUUAUCAAUGGGUCCAGUAUCAAAACUUUUCAAAGCUUCGCCUCUUGUUGCUGAGGAUGUUGGAGAAGAUGGAAGUUUGGGGUGUGAUAAUGAAGCUGGUCUGCUGCAGCUUGGAAUGCCAGAUGAUGUUGAUGUGCGUGUAGAAUUCAAAGACUGGUUAUUUGCUCUUGAAGGUGAACGAGAAUUAGCAGUUGGGUCGUCAUUUGUUGAGCAGGAUAAUCUAAGUAGAGAGCAGAGGAGUUGGCACACUACUUUCCAGAGUUUUCUGGUGAAAGCGAAGAGUAGUAUGAAGAACGAGCUACGUGGUGAAGGCAAUACACAUAUGCGGAAAUAUCCUGUAGAUUUAGUUACAGUUAGUGUGGAAGGGUUACAGAUACUGAAACCACAUUCUCAAAAACAUGUUAGAGUUUCUGAAAAUGGAGAAGUUGUACGGUCACCUGGAGGGUUAGAUGUUGAGGUUAGUUUGGUGAUGCCAGAGGAAGAUGUUGAUGACGAUGAUGAUGAUGAUGAUGAUGAUGACUAUCCUAUGGACAAGUGGGAAGCAGAGAACGUCAAGUUCUCUGUCAAGCAACCGAUUCAGGCUGUUGUCACCAAAGAUGAGCUCCAACAUCUUGCAUUCUUGUGUAAGUCAGAGGUGGAUGCCAUGGGUAGGAUUACUGCUGGUAUCCUGAGGCUCCUGAAGUUGGAACGCUCCAUCGGUCUGGCCGCCAUUGAUCAGCUUAGCAACCUUGGGAGCGAGGGUUUUGAAAAGAUUUUCACUCCAGAAAGGCUAAGCAGAGUGAGUAGCCCUCACAGCUUCGCAACCUUACCAGCGUUGAAUCUGAGCAAUGGCGUCACCGAUGAGAGGAAAACAGAAUCUACAGUGCGUUUGCUGGAGGAAGCAGUCGAAGAUUCACAAGCUAAAUGUGCAGCCAUUAUGAACAACCUGUCAAGCCCGGAAUCAUCGGUGCAGAAUCUCUCGGAUAUUAUACAGGUAUGUCAGAAUCUUGAAAGCAUGAAAGAUUUGCUGAUGCAAUUACGGACUCGGAUUUAGUCACACCAGGGGAAUUUCCCAGUACUGUACAGUUUUGUGGAGGGGAAAAAGCAGGUUCAAGAGGAUAGAGCUCGGUAUACACACUCGAUUCUUUAAUUUUUUCUGUAUAUGUAUAGAAUAGGUAUAGAUUGGUGUUUGUAACAUGUUGCUAUGUGGAACCGUGAACACUCAGAGACUUGUAGUAUACAUUCCUAAAUCUUGAGUGCAAUACUGCGAACCUAAUCAAAUGAAACUCACUUGAUUCCACAUUUGAAUG